CCAUGAAAGCAGCAUCAGAAGAAGAAGCGGCGCCUCCUGCCGGAAGCUUGUUGUUGUUGACAUGACGCUCAGAGAGCUUCAAUGGAGACAAACUGGAGAUAAAUCUUUUUCUCAAACGACCACGAACCGGCCAGCAGUGGACGAGGGCGGAGCUUCCCGUUGGCCAUGAUGGAGGCCUCUGAGCCGGAGCCUUCCCCCUCUGAUCAGGACAGCCCCUCCCCCUCCUCGUCCUCCUGCGGCGCCCCCCAGGCCGCCACCCCCCCGCUGGGCGUGAUCAGCGAGGCCGCGGGCGAGCUCGGCCCGGCGAUCGAUGCCGAGGCGGCGCUGCGGGCGUGUCGGGAGGUGCUGCAGCAGGCGACGCUGACUCGGGCGGAGGUCGACGGGGGGGCGGACCCCGAGGGCCCCGCCCCCGGCUCCGUGAAGAGCGCCCGGCGCCGCCAGAGACGCAGCCCCUCCAGGCAGUCGUGGCUGCUGCGCCUGUUUGAGUCCAAGCUGUUCGACGUGUCCAUGGCCAUCUCCUACCUGCACCGCUCCAAGGAGCCGGGCGUCCAGGCCUACAUCGGCAACCGGCUGUUCAGCUUCGGCCACGCCCAGGUGGACUUCUACCUGCCGCAGCUGCUCAACAUGUACAUCCACAUGGACGAGGACGUGGGCGACGCCAUCAAGCCCUACGUGGUGCACCGCUGCCGCCAGAGCAUCUCCUUCAGCCUGCGCUGCGCCUGGCUGCUGGGCGCCUACUCCUCCGACAUGCACAUCUCCACGCAGCGCCACUCCAGAGGCACCAAGCUGAGGAAGCUCAUCCUGUCCGACGAGCUGAAGCCCGCCGGCUCCCGGGCCCGCCGCGACCUCCUGACCCUGACGGCCUUCUGCCCCCCGGGGGGGCCGGAGCACGGCCUGUCGCCCUCCAAGCGCACGCACCAGCGCUCCAAGUCGGACGCCACGGUCGGCGUCAGCCUGAGCAGCAACCUGAAGAGGACGGCCAGCAACCCCAAAGUGGAGAGCAGCCAGGACGAGGUGUCAUGUUGCCCCUCUCGGUCCCGUGUAACUAAGCCCCGCCCCCAGCCCCUGCGCCUGGCGCCCCAGAGGGAGUUUGUGAAGGCGCUGCUGGGCAUCGGCCAGCGUCUGGCCACGCUGCCCACCAAGGAGCAGAAGACGCAGCGCCUGGUGUCGGAGCUGUCGCUGCUGAGCCACAAGCUGCCGGCCCGCGUGUGGCUGCCCACGGCGCCGCGCCCCCACCACGUGGUGCGCGUACCGCACACGCAGGCCGUGGUGCUGAACUCCAAGGACAAGGCGCCCUACCUCAUCUACGUGGAGGUCCUGGAGUGCGACAACUUCGAGACGUCCAACGUUCCCGUCCGGAUCCCGGAGAACCGGAUCAGGAGCACCCGCUCGGUGGAGAACCUGCCGGACUGCGGCGUGGCGGCGGACCAGAGGGCCGGAGGCUUCUCCACCGUGCCCAACUACGACGACGACGCCUGGUCCACGGACGACAUCGGGGAGCUGCAGGUGGAGCUCCCGGAGGUCCACACCAGCAGCGGGGACAACAUCAGCCAGUUCUCCGUGGACAGCAGCAGCAGCCUGGAGAGCCGGGAGCCGGUGUUCAUCGCCGCCGGAGACAUCAGGAGGCGCCUGUCGGAGCAGCUGGCUCAGACCCCCACCACCUUCAGACGAGACCCCGAGGACCCCUCAGCCGUGGCCCUGAAGGAGCCCUGGGAGGAGAAGGUCCGGCGCAUCAGGGAAGGCUCUCCUUACGGCCACCUCCCCCACUGGAGGCUCCUCUCCGUCAUCGUGAAGUGUGGAGACGACCUGCGCCAGGAGCUGCUGGCCUCCCAGGUGCUGCAGCAGCUGAAGUCCAUCUGGGAGCAGGAGCGCGUGCCCCUGUGGAUCAAGCCCUACGAGAUCCUGGUGCUGUCGGCCGACAGCGGCAUGAUCGAGCCGGUGGUGAACGCCGUGUCGCUGCACCAGGUGAAGAAGCAGAGCCAGCUGUCGCUGCUGGACUACUUCCUGCAGGAGCACGGGGGGGCGCCCACCACCGAGGCCUUCCUGUCCGCGCAGAGGGGCUUCGUCCAGAGCUGCGCCGGGUACAGCCUCCUCUGCUACCUGCUGCAGGUGAAGGACAGGCACAACGGGAACAUCCUAUUGGACGCUGAAGGCCACAUCAUCCACAUCGACUUCGGCUUCAUCCUCUCCAGCUCGCCGAAGAACCUCGGCUUCGAGACCUCGGCCUUCAAGCUCACCGCCGACUUCGUGGACGUGAUGGGCGGUCCUGAUGGAGACAUGUUUAACUACUACAGGAUGUUGAUUCUUCAGGGUCUCAUCGCGGCCCGGAAGCACAUGGAGAAGGUUCUGCAGAUAGUGGAGAUCAUGCAGCAAGGUAACACACACACACACACACACACACACACACCAGGUGCUCACCUGCCCCCCCCCCCCCCAGGAACCCAGCUGCCCUGCUUCCACGGCUCCAGCACCAUGCGGGCCCUGAAGGAGCGGUUCCACAUGUCGCUGACGGAGGAGCAGCUGCAGCUGCUGGUGGAGCAGCUGGUGGACGGCUCCAUGAGGUCCAUCACCACCAAGCUGUACGACGGCUUCCAGUACCUCACCAACGGCAUCAUGUGACCCGGGGGGGGUCACCACCACCAAGCUGUGUGUGUGUCUGUGUGUGUGUGUGUGUGUGUGUGUGUGUGUGGAGCCUUCCUCUGGAGGUCCUCUUUUAUUAUUCGCUUCUUUUAUUCCAGUUUUCUUCUUUUUCCAUAUUUGGGCUGAUGUCUCUGAUUGGCUGCUCAGCCGGACUCUUAGCCAAUCAGAGAGCAGCCCCGUUGUCCUUCCUGUCUGCUGGUCUUGUGACGUGACCCCUGACCUGUGACAUUAAACCGUUUCGACUCUUUUA